UGCUUCUCAUUGGUCUAAUGACACUCUUGUAGUUAUUCUGAUUGGCUCUUGUGUUUUGCACUCGUCCCUCCCCGGGGUGUCCUGGCGUUCUGAUUCCAGCCAGCGGUGUGUCGCGGAGGCUGUGGCGGGGGAGAGAGAGCCUGGGUCCGACUACCCUACUCGUCUAGACCGGGAGCAGAGUAGGGGUUGGGGGCCGUCCUGACCAGAUUCAAGUUCUUUGAUCACCUGGGCAGCUUUCUCUUUGUCGCUGCUAGCCACCCGCUCUCCCAAUGUCGGAUUUUAAGCUCGGGAUUGUUCGGCUGGGCCGUGUGGCCGGGAAGACAAAGUACACACUGAUAGACGAGCAGGAUAUUCCACUGGUGGAAAACUAUGCCUUUGAGGCUCGUAUGGAGGUAGACGCAGACGGGAACGGAGCAAAGAUCUUCGCCUACGCCUUCGACAUUGGCAAGGGCCGAUGGGCGGGGCGCCCACUGCAUGAGCUGCUCUGGGAAAAACACAGAGGUGGAAUUGCUCCCAGCUUCCAGGUUGUCCACAUCAACUCUGUAACCGUUGACAACCGGCUGGAUAACCUGCGCUUGGUGCCGGUUGGAUGGAGUCCCAAACCAGAGGAGCUGUCCAGCAAGCAGAGAGAGCAGUCUCUGUACUGGCUGGCCAUCCAGCAGGUACCGGCCGACCCGGUGGAGGAGCAGUACCUGGAGCUGAGCCGCACACGCUACUACAACGCCAACGGGGAGCUGGUGGAGGAGGAGGAGUGCUCCUGCACCUACUACGAGUGUCACUACCCGCCCUGCUCGCUCAUCGAGAGGAGACUCAGGGAGUUCAACAUCUGCGGGCGGUGCCAGGUGGCGCGGUACUGCGGGUCGCAGUGCCAGCAGAGGGACUGGCCGGCCCACAAGAAGCAGUGCCGGGAACGCAAGAGGGCCCUGGCGCUGGAGACGGAGCCGGAGCGGUGAUCUCCGGACCCGGGACCGGGACCGGGCAGGGAUGGAGGGAGGACAGCCGAGGGAGGGAGACUUUGGGGUUUUGAAGUGCAAAAAAUUAUAAAUAUAUAUAUGAUGGAGACGAAGGACAAUGUAACA